UAUUAUUCUAUUGCAGGAUGUUGAGGCAAUUCUUUGUUCUUGCAUUGACUGGGCAGAUGUCUUCAGGACUUUAUCGAUGCAUUGCAGCGAUUAGUAGGGAUCACAAUAUUGCCAACACGGUAUCUAACCUCGUUGUGAAUUGGUUAUUGAUAUUUUGCGGUUUUGCAUUGUCACCACAGAAUAUGAAAAGAUGGAUGAUAUGGGGAUACUGGACAUCACCACUAAUGUAUACGCUAACUACUCUAUCAUCAAAUGAAUUUCACGGGCAGGCUUGGACAUCAGAGGAUGCUGCCCAAGUAAAAAAAUCAAUCUUAUCGUCGUUUGGCUCGUUUGUUACCCCAAAUUGGUAUUGGAUUGGGAUUUGUGCUCUCACCGGUUUCAUAUUCCUUUUCAUUGGAAUCUACACUUUGGCCCUCAGUUACCUUAGUGAUUUCAGGAAAUCAAUCUCUUGGCCCAAAGACAAAAUCGCAGAAGUCGCUGCUUCUGAUAAACGUCGGAAGGAAAAGGGAAUGUUGUUGCUCCCAUUCACUCCUCUUUCGAUCACAUUCGAGGACAUAAGAUAUUCGGUUGAUGUGCAAAAUGUAGGUGAAUAAAAAUCUGUUACUAAAUAUUUAUUAGAUUUUUUUAUAUAGUUCAAACAUAUAGCAGGAAUCCAAGGCUAAAGACAGUCCGAGAAUGAGGCUAGAGAUUCUAAAGGGAGUUUCCGGUACAUUCAGGCCAGGAGUUUUAACAGCAUUAAUGGGUGUCAGUGGGGCGGGUAAAACAACUUUAUUAGACAUUCUGUCUGGAAGAAAAAACACUGGAUUUCUUGAAGGAGAGAUCAGAAUUUCGGGUUAUCCAAAGGAUCAGAAAACGUUUGCUAAAUUCUCAGGAUAUUGUGAACAGAACGACAUUCAUUCUCCAUUUGUAACUGUUUAUGAGUCCCUUGUUUUCUCAGCUUGGCUUCGGUUACCAUCAAAUGUCAAUUCUCAGACCA